UUGACUUGUGGCAAACAGAGCUGGAACUAUCAGGGACUCUGUAACCUUGCAACUUCAUUUUGAUGGUUCCUUUAAACUGGUGGCCUUGCACUCUCUCAUCGGACUUCUAGCUGAUUGCUUCGGUGUACUGUGCUUGUGUCUAGAUCUGUCCAACUCUCUUUCUCCCUUGGGCAACUAGAAGUGGUACUUACAUAUUGUAAACUAUACUUUCACAAUCUCAGGUAGCUUACAAAUGAUUUGAAGUGCUGAUCCUUUCAGAGUCUCAACAGACUAUUUCUCAGACAACUCAUCCAUUGCUGUUUAUGCAUGAAUUAGUAGAACCAGGCCACGUAGAAAACACUGCGAUUGUACCUGGGAGUUAGCGAGAAAACCAGUGCUCUCCCUUGAUUCUGCUGCACAAGGAGAAUGGGCUGUGAUCGGAACUGUGGGCUCAUUGCUGGAGCUGUUAUUGGUGCUGUCCUGGCUGUGUUCGGAGGCAUUCUCAUGCCAGUUGGAGACAUGCUCAUUGAGAAGACAAUCAAAAGGGAAGUUGUCCUUGAAGAAGGAACCACUGCUUUCCAAAACUGGGUUAAAACAGGCACCACUGUGUACAGACAGUUUUGGAUCUUUGAUGUGCAAAACCCAGAUGACGUGGCAAAGAACAGCAGCAAAAUCAAGGUUAAGCAAAGAGGUCCUUACACAUACCGAGUUCGUUAUCUAGCCAAGGAAAAUAUAACUCAGAACACCAUCGACCACACUGUGUCUUUUGUACAGCCCAAUGGAGCCAUCUUUGAGCCUUCACUGUCGGUUGGAACAGAGGAUGACAACUUCACAGUUCUCAAUCUGGCUGUGGCGGCUGCACCACAUAUCUACCAAAAUUCAUUUGUUCAAUCUGUGCUCAACUCUCUUAUGAAAAAGUCCAAGUCUACUAUGUUCCAAACAAGAUCUUUGAAAGAGCUCUUGUGGGGUUACAAAGAUCCAUUCCUGAGUUUGGUUCCAUAUCCUAUAAGUACCACGGUUGGUGUGUUUUACCCUUACAAUGACACUGUAGAUGGAGUUUAUAAAGUUUUCAAUGGAAAGGAUAACAUAAGCAAAGUUGCCAUAAUCGAGUCCUAUAAAGGGAAAAGGAAUUUGUCCUAUUGGCCAAGUUAUUGCGACAUGAUUAAUGGCACAGAUGCAGCCUCCUUUCCACCUUUUGUUGAAAAGUCUCGGACAUUGAGAUUCUUUUCCUCUGACAUUUGCAGGUCUAUCUACGCUGUGUUUGGAUCUGAAAUUGACCUUAAAGGAAUCCCCGUGUACAGAUUUGUCCUUCCAGCCAAUGCCUUUGCAUCACCCCUCCAGAAUCCAGACAACCAUUGUUUCUGCACUGAAAAAGUAAUCUCCAAUAACUGUACAUCUUAUGGUGUGCUAGACAUUGGCAAAUGCAAAGAAGGAAAGCCUGUGUAUAUUUCCCUUCCACAUUUCCUACAUGCAAGUCCUGAUGUUUCAGAACCUAUUGAAGGUUUACAUCCAAAUGAAGAUGAGCAUAGGACAUACUUGGAUGUGGAACCUAUAACUGGAUUCACUCUACAAUUUGCAAAACGACUGCAGGUCAACAUAUUGGUCAAGCCAGCUAGAAAAAUAGAAGCAUUAAAGAAUCUGAAGAGACCUUAUAUUGUACCUAUACUGUGGCUAAAUGAGACUGCGACCAUUGGUGACGAGAAAGCAGAAAUGUUUAAAGCACAAGUGACUGGGAAAAUCAAGCUCCUUGGCACGGUAGAGAUGGCCUUACUUGGGAUUGGAGUGGUGAUGUUUGUUGCUUUUAUGAUUUCAUAUUGUGCUUGCAGAUCCAAGAAUGGAAAAUAAGUAGUGAAUGAGCCUACAUAUACACUGGCUACAUCGUUGGUAAAGCCAAUCUACCUAAUGAAGACUUAAUAUAUGCUUUAUUUUUACAACACACACCUGUCUGUAGGUGAAGAAAUGGUGGUGUUCUCUCUCUCUCUCUCUCUCUCUCUCUCUCUCUCUCUCUCUCUCUCUCUCUCUCUCUCUCUCU